AUGGCGGAAGAGUUUGACCAGGUGGAUGAUGUGCUAAAGAUCGUCUACAGAUUGCGCCAUAGCGAGAGCACCUGCCAAAUGCUCCCAUCAACCGAAUAUGCGCUCGUUCGGCUACUGCUCAAGCAUCGCGCUAUUGAUACCCUUCUUGCCGUUCUUGCAGAUCCUAUCAACUACGGGAUUUUCUUGAAUGAGCACUCAGCUUGCUUACUCAUCGAUCAUCUUCUCGAAGAUGGCAAAAUUGCAGAAGCAUCUCGAGCGGUCAGCUGUGUGAUGUUGCAGGAGCUAUUCAGUUCAGGACUUCUCAACUGGCUUUGCGUUUACACUGCGCUGAAAUGGACUGAGCUGCCUGCUGAACAAAGAGUGUUCACGGAAUUGCCACAGCUGAAAACAGUG